CCCAUGCUAAUCCUUCUCUAUCCCGCCAGACAUUUGGUGUUUUCCCAUGCUCGCUCUUCUGUGUCUGUCUCGCACUCGCUCACUCAUCCUUCCUCUCACUCCCAAGGACAAAGCUCCAUCGCGUCCACAUGUCCCCCAUCCAUGCCGUCCAAUCGUGAUCCAUGACGCCGCGUUGCGGGCCUGGGCUGGUGUCAUGGCUAUUUAACCUGUUGCGCGCCGGCCCACGAUCCCCGGAGCUCCUCGCUUUCUCCCUCCCUCUACUCUCUCUCUCUCUCUCCAACUCACUCUUACCUCCUCUGACAUCUACGGUCUUGUUGUGUUCUCUGUGCUUCUCCAACGAUACCCUCCCUCUUGCCUUUUCGUGACCUUUGACGAAGACCCCGACGAUCCCCGAUCUCUGCUCUUUCGACAAAGAACGAACACCGACAGCUUCCAAAGGACCGCCGUCGUCCCUCAUCAGCUCCCCUCUCCCUCUCCCUCUCUAUCCUCACAACCCCCACCAAGCCCAUCCAUCAUGGCCGGCACCGAGGGCAAAAGCAACCUCUCCUUCAUCCUCAACAAGCCGCACGACGUCGAGUUCGCCGAGCGCCCCGUCCCCUCGGUCUCGGACGCCCACGAUGUGCUCGUGGCCGUCAACUACACGGGUAUCUGCGGCUCUGACGUGCACUACUGGGAGCACGGCGCCAUCGGGCACUUUGUCGUCAAGGACCCGAUGGUGCUCGGCCACGAGUCGGCCGGCACCGUCCUCCAGGUCGGCGACGCCGUCAAGACGCUCCGCGUCGGCGACCGCGUCGCCCUCGAGCCGGGCUACCCGUGCCGCCGCUGCGGCGACUGCCUCGCCGGCCACUACAACCUCUGCCCCGAGAUGCGCUUCGCCGCCACGCCCCCCUACGACGGCACCCUCGCCGGCUUCUGGGUCGCGCCCUCGGACUUCUGCUACAAGCUGCCGGACAACGUGUCGCUGCAGGAGGGCGCGCUGAUCGAGCCGCUGGCCGUCGCCGUCCACAUCACCAAGCAGGCCCGCGUGACCCCCGGCGCCUCCGUCGUCGUGAUGGGCGCCGGCCCCGUCGGCCUGCUCUGCGCCGCCGUCGCGCGCUCCUUUGGCGCCACAAAGGUCGUCAGCGUCGACAUUGUGCAGUCCAAGCUCGACUUCGCCCGCGACCUGGCCUCGACGCACACGUACCUGUCGCAGCGCGUGUCGGCCGAGGAGAACGCGCGCGCCCUGAUCGAGCAGUGCGAGCUCGGCGCCGGCGCCGACGUCGUCAUCGACGCCAGCGGCGCCGAGCCGUCGAUCCAGACCAGCCUGCACGUCGUCCGCAUGGGCGGCACCUACGUCCAGGGCGGCAUGGGCAAGGCCGACAUCAACUUCCCCAUCAUGGCGCUGUGCCUCAAGGAGGUGACGGCGCGCGGCAGCUUCCGUUACGGCCCGGGCGACUACAAGCUCGCCAUCGACCUCGUCGCCAACGGCAGCGUCAACGUCAAGAAGCUCAUCACGGGCAUCGUCGAGUUCAAGCAGGCCGAGGAGGCCUUCAAGAAGGUCAAGGAGGGCCAGGUCAUCAAGAUCCUCAUCGCCGGCCCCAACGAGAAGGUCGACAGCACCUUUAGCACCGACGUCGACCCCAAGAAGGCGUCCGAGGGCGGCAACCAGGGUGGCUGCUGUUAAUCAACGAAUGGAAGAGGAAAAGAAAAAGAAGAAGACGAGGGAUAAAAGAUGACAAACACAAGAAGAAGAGAAGAGAGAGAAAAAAGCAAUGCCUGUCAAGGCGAGCGAGCGGGUGGUGUUGAAAAAGGGUGU